GUGGGACAGAGGCUCCAGCGUGCGUCCUUUACUCCUCUCGGACAGUCCGCGGCUCCUUCUCCUCCGGUCGCCUCUGAUCGACCCCUCAGUCGGGAGAUGAAGAUUUCCGUGGUGUCCAACAAGCUGUGGUGCGUCCACAAGCAGCUGCUUCUCCUGCUCGUUCCUCUCCUGCUGCUGCCGCUGCUCUUCACCCUUCCGGAGAAGGAGGGAAAAUGUCUUUAUGUGGUGGCGCUGAUGGCUAUGUUUUGGUGCACAGAGGCCCUUCCUCUGGCCGUCACAGCGAUGCUCCCGGUCUGCCUCUUCCCGACUCUGGGGAUCCUUCCAUCCAAAAGGGUCUGCCCUCAGUACUUCCUCGAAACCAAUUUUCUCUUCCUUAGCGGCCUUGUGAUGGCGUCGUCCAUCGAGGAGUGGGGUCUGCAUCGCAGAAUCGCCCUGAAGGUCCUCACCAUCGUCGGCGUGAAGCCAGCCUGGCUGAUAAUGGGAAUGAUGCUGACCUCGUCCUUCCUGUCCAUGUGGCUCAGCAACACCGCCACCACAGCCAUGAUGCUCCCCAUCGCCAACGCCAUCCUGGAGAGUCUGUUUGGGGACCUGGAGACCCUGAAAGAGAAGUGCAAGUCCACGGAGGACCCUGACAGUGACAUAAUAAACGGCCAGCGGACUGUAAGGCUGCAUUCACUGCCCUCAGUGCCCUCAGAAAAACAAAUACUGUCAAUGGACGGGAUGGAUGGGACGGAGCAGAGCGACACGAGGACGGCUGAGGAGAUCCGAUCGGAGGCGGAGUACCAGCUGAAGGUGUGGAAAGGAUUCUUGAUCUGCAUUCCUUACGCAGCGAGCAUCGGAGGGACCGCCACGCUGACGGGCACCGCGCCCAACCUCAUUCUGAUUGGACAGCUGAAAAGCUACUUCCCAGACUGCGACGUCAUCAACUUUGGCUCCUGGUUUGCGUUUGCCUUCCCGCUCAUGCUUCUUUUCCUGUUUUUGGGAUGGAUCUGGAUAGCGUUUCUCCACGGGGGGUUGAAUUCACGAUUGUGCUUCACGAGACACGACCGGAGAGCGCAGGCCGAGAACCGAGCACAGGCUCUGAUACGGGAAGACUACAGGAAACUAGGGCCCAUAAACUUUGCAGAGGGAUCUAUCGCUUUCUUUUUUGUGUUGUUUGCCGUUUUGCUGUUCACAAGAGACCCCAAAUUUAUUCCCGGCUGGUCUGUGUUUUUUAAAAAAGGGUACGUCUCAGACGCCGUCACCGGGGUGAUCAUCGUGUCCAUGUUGUUCUUCUUCCCGUCGCAGAAACCUUCUCUGAGCUGGUGGUUUGACCCUCAAGCAUCAAACACUCCGUAUGUACCUCUCUUAUCGUGGAAGAAAGCGCAGGACUCUGUUCCCUGGAAUAUCAUUCUGUUGCUCGGGGGCGGCUUUGCUAUGGCUAAAGCUUGUGAGGAGUCUGGACUCGCCACAUGGAUCGGGGGCCACCUCCAGCCUUUGGCCGAGGUCCCUCCCGCUGCAGCUGUGAUGUUGAUCACUGCCUUCUUAGCCUGUUUCACCGAGUUCGCCAGCAACACCGCCACAAUUAUCAUAUUUUUACCCGUCAUUGCUGAACUGGCUAUUCACGUCUCAGUGAACCCUCUGUACUUCAUGAUACCUGCAACAAUAGGAUGUUCAUAUGCCUUCAUGCUGCCAGUGUCCACGCCGCCCAACUCCAUCGCCUUUGCAUCAGGACAUCUCAUGGUCAAAGACAUGGUGAGAACUGGCGUAGUGAUGAACAUCCUGGGCAUUCUCUCUGUGUCGCUGGCCAUGAACACGUGGGGCGUCGCCAUGUUCGACUUGAACGCGUACCCGGAAUGGGCGCACCACAUGAACAGGUCCACUGCGCACCUAUCGCCUAUCCAGUCGCUCAAUGCUACGCUCUGAUUGCACGACCAAAGAGUAUCCACAAGAUUUAACACUAAACAGGAACAAAAGUCUGCAUGAAGGCGUCCGGGAGCUUCAGCUGUUAUGAUGUUAUGCUUUUAAUAAGUUUAUGACACUCGAGUUUCGGGAUUUCCUGCUGUGAAGUGAUAUUCUUUGGCACACUCCAAGUUCUAAGAAACAUGCAACAAGAUAAAAACAUGCAACCAUAUUGAGAUUCCUGCCUUCCUAGAACUGGGCAGGAGAGAUACAGUAUUUAACCUCAACAACAGUGACAGCUGGAGCUCUGAUUAAUAAUAUUAAAAAAACAAACUGCGGUGUGCUGUUUGUAUUGAUGCUAGCGGGCUCGCCGCUGCUGGGAGAAUGAGAGAUACCUCUGUGAAUAAUAAUCUUUAAAUAUAUGUUUUACAUAAACAUAUUA